CACACACACACACACACACACACACAAGCCCUGCACAGUGCGAGACUGUAGGCUGUAGCACUUUGUUUCACUAUAGUGAGCAAGUUGUUUGGAAGGAAGGGGGACAGAGGAGAGAGAAAGAGAGGCAGAGAGGCAGAGAGCAGAGAGAGGAAGGGAGGGGGAGAGCUAGCAAAAGAGAGAACAGAGGAAGAGAAAGAGAGAGGAAGAGAGAAAAAUCUCGUAAUGUCUCUCUUCUUGUUCUCUAUUUUGUGAACUCGCGGCGUUUCGCAGAUAAUGUCCGAGAAUGUCCAUUUCUGGGACUUUGAGCAACUAUUACGUGGACUCCAUCAUAAGUCACGAGAGCGAUGAACUCUCAACCCCGGCGCGCUUUCCCAGCGUCCAGUAUUCCGGCGCGAGCUCCGCUACAGCCGCGGGCGGGAGGCAGCCUGGCGGCGCUGCGCAUGCAGAGCAUCCCCAUCCCGAGUCGUACCCAUCCUGCAGUUUCCAGCCGAAGCCUCCGGUCUUCUCGUCGUCCUGGAGCCCUUUCAGUCCGCACCACGGUGCCAGUGGACUGCCUACUGUCUACCACCCUUACAUCCCGGCCCAGCACGUGCCCGCCGCGGACACACGGUACCUUCGCUCAUGGUUGGACUGCGCGCCGCGCGGCUCCGAGUCUGUCCCGGGGCAGGGCCAGACAGGGCAGGUUAAGCUGGAGCCUCAGCUCGGCCACCUCGGUGGGGAAAUCGCACCCAAAAUCGGCGGACAGCACCAGCACGAGACCACCACGUACAUCUUGGAGUCGACAUCCACGGCUGUGCGCGAGCUAAGCCACCAUCCAGCCACCAUCCCGGGAGCACGGUUCGAAGAAAAUAAGGACAUUUGUGAAGGGAGUGAGGACAAAGACAGCAUGGAUCAAAAUGACCCCUCGGCUAACUGGCUACACGCUCGCUCCUCCAGGAAGAAGCGAUGUCCGUACACCAAAUACCAGACUCUGGAGCUGGAGAAGGAGUUCCUGUUCAACAUGUACCUCACGCGGGACCGGCGACAUGAGGUGGCGCGCGCGCUCAAUCUGACGGAACGGCAGGUGAAGAUUUGGUUCCAGAACCGGAGGAUGAAAAUGAAGAAACAAAGCAAGGAACAACCCAAGGACUAGCGGAGCUCUCACUCGCGAGCGCACACACACUCAGACGCACACGCGCGCACGCUCACUUCGUGUAUCCAACAUACAGUCUCCUAUUACACAAAAUGGCCUUCCCAAGAACUGCAAAAAUAUACACACAGAUCCGCUAUUUCAAAUUUCUUUUAACCCUCAAGGCACUACCAUGGGAGCUUCAGUCCAAUCACACCGAUCUGUACAACUGAUCAAUUGCUUUAUUGAUCACGAGCAAAUGGCGAGGGCGCUGCCACGUCAACACUGAGGUCUUAAGAGCGAACGGUGUUCAGUAAGACUGAAAGAGGCUGGGACUUUGGAAUCAUUUGAUUUUGCGUUAAUGGAGAACGAUGCGUAAAUCUCACAGACCAACAUCACUUCUCUUCCUGGACUUCCUCUACAUGAAACGGUUCGGACUCCAUAUAAAACAGUGGACUGUACUGUGUGUUUGAUGAAAUGAUAGCUGUUGUGUGUCCUAUCUAUUCAUAGUUUUAUAUCGUGCUAUUAAUGGGGCUUUGAUAUUUGGCCACUUUAUGAAAGGAAAGAAGGCUGCAAACUGCAGACAGACACAGAGAGAGGUUUUUCUUUUUUCUCAAGCACUGCUCUUCCUUUUAUUAGUUAUUUAUUGUUCCGUCACUUCGGAGGCGCGCAAAGGUGCUGAAACCGGGGUUUCACACGGCCAUUAAUAAGCACGGGGAGCGGGGUGGGGGCUACCCACAUGCACACACACACACACACACACACAUGUUCAUCUUUCUUUUUCUCCUUCUCCUCUUCUCUUGUUUCUCUCAUUGAUGGCCGAAUUUGAUUAGAAGGCGCCUGAUGGUCUUCGUUGAUACAAACAGCAAGCCGCCGUUUGUUUCCCGGGUGUCGGCCCAAGUAAUGAGAAGAUACCGGGAGAGGAGGAGGAGGAGGAGGAGGAGGAGGGUGGGAAGACACGGGGUGGCAGGGGUGUUUAACCCGACUCAGCAACCGGGGAUCCGAUUAGGCUGCUGUCGAUAUUGUGGAUCCCAACCCUUCAGCUACGUCUCCAGAUGCUUUAUAUGCUGCGGCGGCGGCGGCUCAUCUACGACUUGUAUCGGUUAUCGAUAGUCGUCCCUCCCGCGUCACAUGAGCCUGGAGCUAGAAGGGUUUAUCUGAGAGGAGACACAGCACAAAGCACCUGGUUUUUUAAUCAUGUCCAUCAGUCUUUCAAUUAGGCUUCAAGCAAGACUUGUUUUUGGGUGAAUCCAAGUCAGAUUUAUUCAGGCGAAGGCGGUCUUGAUCAGCCACUACUCUGACCUGAAUUAGUCGGUAAAUUACCCAGAUACAGGUUCGCUUGCUUCUUCUCAAAUUGCCUGACCCUGCAUGCUUCCGCACCACACACUCCCAGACAACAUUAAAAUACUUCUAUACGCGUCUUAGUCUUAGUAGACUGGUCAACCGGAACCAAUCUUUCAUAGCUGCUAUUUUUACAUCUUCAUUUCAGAUUCUGGUGCGCAACAAAGAAAACUGAACAACAUCUUCACUGGCACCAUCUUCCAGUCUUUAUCCAGUGUGGAACUUGUGUUGCAUUUUAUUAAUGAAUCAGCUCUAUUUUUAUAGAUACAGUAUAUUGUGUAUUAUCUGCUAUGCAAGGCGGUUUUCUCUCUCAUUUCAGGAAAUAUAGGCUACAGAUAGUUUGCGCAACGACGGUGUCCAAAUAUAACCUGUGACUGAAUUUAGAGCGAAAUUCCUGGAUGUGCUCCCAUAUUUACUGACAAGUUUUUCGAACUCCUGUUCAGGAUUAAUUUUAUUUUUGACGAAAGUUUUUGUUACAAUUUUAUAUCAGCAGACACAACAGCAUCAGAUUUAUUCGCCAAAUGUUUUAGGAAUCGUGUCUACAGUUAAUAGUUCUGGGUAUUAUCUGAUCAGAGGUUGAGUUUAUACAGAGUUUUACUGACGUGGGUGUUAAAAAGGCCGUGUUGGAAGGCCGAGCGGCCGUGGCAUUAUUUGAAGUGUCGGCGUAGUUAAAUGGCGUCCGAUGGCAGUUUUAUUGGCAGAUCAUAAACAACACAUUGGCUUUACAGCGUUUACAACGUUGUGUGUGUGUGUGUGUGUGCAUGUGUGUGUGUGUGUGUGUGUGUGGACGUUGCGGCUUGCAAACUCAAAGGCUGCUUUUGCAACAUUUAAAGAAUUAAACACUCGUAUAUGUAUAUAUUUUGCACACACACACACACACACACACACACACAAGUUUAGUUCCUAUUAUUUUCGUUUUGAAUUUACAAGCAGAAGUGAACGGGUCUGCAACCAGCCUCUUUUGCAAAGUCUUUAACAGAGAAGCGCUACAAUUUCUCGAUAAGCGGCAUCAAAUCCUCUAUUUAGGAGUAAAAAUGUUUACAUAGUUUUCGCAUGCCUCAAGUCAGUCGUCAUUCUGAAGACGUUAUUUCGUCGUUUAGCUCUUUGUGUGUUAAAUCUGUUGGGGGGAAUGCUCAUGGAAAAAAAAAAAGAUUAAGUAGAAGUUCUUAAUAGGAAGUAUUUCUAAUUUAUUGUAUAUAAUGUUAGUAACCUCGUCUUUCUUAUUGGAAUGAGUUAAAUAUGCUGAAUAUUGUUUUGUCUUGUUGGGACAUGGCAUCUUUACUGUAAUAUAGGCUAGAUGAAUUUUCUUUUUGUCAUGUUCUUUAGAUUCUGUUCUCCAUGUUGUGCCGACUGUCUGAAUGAUCUGUUCUGAUGUCAGUCCGAUGAGCUCUUUUUGUCUAUGAUUUGUUUAAUAGUGAACAGUAAUGAGUUGGACUUUGCUGAUGUAGCCGAAAUGCCGCUAAGCAUCGACGCAGAGAGGACGAAAAGGUUCGACUAAAACGAAGCAAUGUUUCUAUAUAAAUUAUCAUUUUUAUUUUAAUUAUUGAAUGUGUUAUUUUCUGCUCUUAUGACUUUCACCUCCUUCCUGUCUCAGUAUUGACUCUCCUGACUGGGUGGGGGGGCAAAGUUUCUGGAGUUCUUGUCUCUGAUAUAAAUAUGGAUACAGCUCCACAAGACUUUUUAUUUUCCCUCCGCUUUUUAAUGAGACAAAUCUAAGCCAUGUGGCCGCAGUAAAGGUCUCAUUGCUUAUUGACGAGCGGGCGAGCUCCAGUCACUCUGAUCCGCUCUUCCAUGUGAGAUGUUCCAGUCCCUUCUUGUAUGUUUUGCUCUCUUCUUUCUUCUGUGUUGUUGUCUCUUUUUUUCUUCUUUGUGCGAUGGCACUGCUGAUGCUGGAUUCCUAUUAAAGAACUGACUUUACAGUACAA